AGUCGAGGUUCGGGGAAAGUCAACAUUACCGGCGGUGUUUUGGUCGUUCAGUCUCAAGCUCCUGGGCAGGAUGUUCAGAAACCAGUAUGACAAUGAUGUCACCGUGUGGUCCCCCCAGGGGCGCCUCCAUCAGGUGGAGUAUGCCAUGGAGGCUGUGAAGCAGGGCUCAGCUACCGUGGGGUUGAAGAGCUCUACCCACGCUGUGCUGGUGGCUCUCAAGAGAGCCUCAUCAGAACUGGCAGCUCAUCAGAAGAAAAUCAAACCAGUUGAUGAACACAUUGCAGUAUCCAUUUCAGGAUUGACUGCAGAUGCCCGUGUGCUAAUAAGAUUCAUGCGCACUGAGUGUCGUCAUGAACAUUUUGCUCACGAUCAAUCACUUUCUCUCAACAAGUUAAUGGAGCGGGUCGGGAUGAAAAUGCAGGUUGCCACUCAGCGUUAUGACAAGAGGCCCUAUGGUGUGGGUCUCUUGAUAGCUGGAUAUGAUGAAGAUGGGCCCCACAUCUAUCAGACGUGUCCCUCAGCCAACUACUAUGACUGCCGAGCCAUGGCCAUUGGUGCCCGGUCGCAGAGUGCCCGCACCUACCUGGAGCGCCACCUUGAGGACUUUCCAAAUGCAGCACGGGAGGAGCUCAUAAGACACGCUCUGCGUGCCCUAAGGGACACACUGCCCAAUGACAUGGAGCUGACCAAUAAGAACUGCAGCAUAGCUGUGGUAGGUGUGGGAGAGAAGCUGAGCAUUUAUGAUGAUGAAGAUGUCAGCCCCUACCUGGAAGGCUUGGACCAGGAAGAAAGACGUGGUGGAACUGCAGCGGCCCGAGAAGCCCCAGCCUCCACAGCUCCCUCGGCAGGGGAAGAAGGCUCUGCUGCUCCCUCACCACCACCAGCAGCUGGAGACCAGGGUGAUUCGAUGGACACUGAUUAAGAGAGGAACUGGAGUAUGCAUUGAAAUUUGGGUUUCUGUGUCCUUUCUAGGUUUGGUAUAUAGAUUUAGAAAUGGAAGUUUCCAUCAUUAUUUUUUUAUCAUUAUGAUUAUAUUAUUGUAUUCAUUAUUAUUAUUAUUUUUUUUUUAUAUUAUGAUUAUCAUUGUUUUUUAUGGAACAAGACAUUAAAAAAAAAAUGGAAUCUUCAUUGCAAAGGAAAUUUGAUGCAAAAACAAGUUAAUAUUGAUGAAACCUAACCAUUUCAUAUGUGCAAAGUAUUGUAUGCUUGUACUGUUUGGCUAAACAAAGUUACACACUAA